UCCGGAUGUGUGUGAUCAUACCAAUGGAGUUAGCGAGGUUUGCAAGGCUAGCCGAAGGAGGCUAACCCACAAAAUUAGGUCGACAUUAUAUAGUCUCUUAGAGUAAAAUUGCAGAUGUGACUCGUAUGUUGGUUGGAUGUAUGGGCGUUAUUCCCCAACUCCCGAAUCGCCGUUUUGCUUAAGGGCGGACCCGUUAAUAAAUAACGACACAUACCGGGUGUGGCAACAGACUGUAGCUGGCUAAGCGUAAGUUAGCGUUUAGCUACGGGGGUCCAGUAAAGUAACACCACAGGCUAAGUGGCAACCAUUUGUGUAGAAACGCCUCAGACCGCCGGCUGUGGAGCUACUCGUGUCACCCAAUUGCCAUAAUAGGAGGGAACGUGUGAUCGGUGGCCCAUGAGGAAGCCACGCCGAAAAGGCCUGGUGGGCCCAGGAUGUGGCAAAGAUGACAGGAAGUCUAAGGGGGCACCAGUCGGUAGCUGUGGCGUUGUUGCGCGCCAGCGAUCCCCAUCCCCGUACAUUCUCAAAGCAUCGCCAAGCAGAGAAAUGCUGAGCUAUGCUCAGGCUCAGAAGAUUGUGGAAGUGGAGCUGGAUGGCCGGCUUCACCGCAUCUCCAUUUUGGAGCCUUUGGUCGUCAUCACUGAGGACGAAAUGAUGGCGCAGGACAUCAGCGAGUGUAACAGCAACAAAGAGAACAGCGAGCAGCCAUCGCCUCCCAUCAGUGCCACGCAAAUUGUCUGCAAGCCCAACAUGCCCCGUGGCCGCCGGAAAGACUACAAAUGUCCGUCUUUCAAGUCUCCACCACCUUCGAAAAACCACUACGCCCGCGCUCAACCGCAAACGCCUGAAAAGUUAAAUGCAACGCACAAUCACCUUAUACCCCUUCCUGAGCCUUCGUUUCGCCUUGUAGACACUUUCACCCAUGUGGAGGCACCUCCUCUGCCCGCGGCAUACUACCGCUACAUCGAACGUUUGACCGAGGACCAGGAAGCGCUGGCCGAAUACGACAUGGACGAGGAAGACUCGGCCUGGUUGGAGAUGGUCAAUGCCAGGCGGACAGCGGAGGGUUACGCCGCGCUAUCGGCAGACACUUUUGAGCUGUUGGUGGACCGCCUCGAGGACGAGGCGUACCGGGAGGCGCGCAUUCGGGUGCCCUGUCAAAACGCCAUCGAUGACGACGCCUUCUGUUGCGUCUGCUUGGACGACGAGUGUCUCAACAGCAACGUCAUCCUUUUCUGUGACGCGUGCAACUUGGCCGUGCACCAGGAAUGCUACGGUGUUCCCUACAUCCCCGAAGGACAGUGGCUCUGCCGCUGCUGCCUUCAGUCCCCGCAGAAACCCGUCGACUGCGUACUGUGCCCCAACAGAGGCGGCGCCUUUAAGCAAACCAGCGACGGCCGCUGGGCGCAUGUAGUCUGCGCUAUCUGGAUCCCUGAAGUCUGUUUUGCCAAUACAGUUUUUUUGGAACCAGUGGAAGGUGUCAACAACAUUCCCCCAGCACGCUGGAAACUGACAUGCUACCUUUGUAAGCAGAAAGGUCACGGGGCAUCCAUCCAGUGCCACAAAGCCAACUGUUACACUGCCUUUCACGUCACUUGCGCGCAACGCGCAGGCCUGUUCAUGAAAAUCGACCCAGUACGAGAGACAAACGUCAACGGGACCACGUUUUCUGUGAAGAAAACGGCCUUCUGUGAGAUUCAUUCACCAGCGGGCCAGGAUGGUACCUCUGAUGAGGAGAGUGAAGGGCGCGUGGUGGGCAGCCGAGGGAGGGCCAGUCGAGGGCGAAGUGCAUACACCGAUGGUCCCGUGACACUUAAAAAAGGCAAAAAGUCUGAGAGCGAUUGCAAGAUGGAUAAAAAGAAAGGGAAGAGGGACGCAGGCUCCGCAACACUGAACAAUGCUUCAAUGCCUCAAGUCAUUGUGCCUGAAAUACCCGCAAGCAGGUUGAAUGACAUCUGCAAAGGUAUUCUCUUUCAAAGGAAGAGUCAAUUCAUGCAGAGGCUGCAUAACUACUGGUUAUUGAAGCGUCAGUCCCGAAACGGUGUGCCACUGGUCCGUCGUUUGCACUCUAAUGUCCAAUCCCAACGGAACACCGAACAGCCUGAGGUGGUUGAUGAACAAGUAUCCGCAGCCAGAGAAGCUCUGAGAUAUUGGCAGAAACUUCGACAUGACCUUGAAAAGGCCAGGCUGCUGGUGGAGCUCAUCCGUAAAAGGGAGAAACUCAAGCGAGAACAGAUCAAAGUCCAUCAGGCAGCUCUGGAGCUGCAGUUGACCCCGAUGUUGUUAUUACUCCGUUCAACUCUGGACCACCUGCAGGAGAAGGACACAGCUGAGAUCUUUGCGGAACCAGUCAACCUCAAGGAGGUACCAGACUACAUGGAGUUCAUAAGUCAUCCAAUGGACUUUUCAACAAUGCGCUCCAAGCUAGAAAAUCAUGUCUACCGUUCUGUGGCUGACCUGGAAGUUGACUUCAACUUGAUGGUGUCCAACUGCCUACUGUACAACAGCAAGGAGACCAUCUUCCACCGCACCGCACUGCGUCUUCAGGAACUUGGGGGAGCCGUGUUGCGUCAUGCCCAACGACAGGCCACCAACAUGGGCCUGGAGCUGGAGACUGGCAUGCACCUCCCCGAGUCACAGCAGAAGCGAGAAUUUUACAGCUGUACAUGGGAGGACGUGGACUGUGUGCUGAACCCAGACAACCGUCUCCAUAUGAGUGUGGAGGAGCAGCUGAAGGAGCUGCUGGACAAGCUGGACUUUGUCAGCUCCAUGCGAUGCAGCAGCGCUCGCACGCGACGCAUGCGCCUGCUCCGCCGCGAGAUCAACAACAUUCGCUUCCGGCAGGGUCCGCACCGCCACAGCCUUCACAACGGCCGUCUAAAAGAAGACAGCGAUGAGGAAGAGGAGGAGGAAGACGACAAGGCCAACGACAUCAAGGCAGAAAAUGGCCUUUCCGCAUCCGACAAAGAAGACCUCAAAUCCACCUCGCCCCCAACACUGGAACCCACCGGGCCGGCCCCUCCUCCACGUCUUGGCGACGCGCCCCUGGAGCCUCCCACACUGCGACCGAUCACGAAGGAGGCCCCUUUCUCCAGAUGGCCAUGCAAACGCCGAAAGCUCAUCGGCAGCCUUGCAAACAGCGACGCAGGAUGCAACGGUUGCACGAAUGUCCGGGAGACAUCGCCACUGCAGAGUUUGCACAGCGAGGGGCAGGUGGUGCCCAACGGCCUCCCUGACCUCGCCAUCCCCACACGACCGCUCGCCGGGGGCGUUGGACGACGGACCGCCGUGUUGUUCAAAAAGGCCAAAAAUGGUGCAAAGGUUUGCCGAGACAAUGCGUUGCCUAACGGGGAGGGGUCGCAGGAUGACCGUGCAAGCGCGUCACCCUCUGCACCCAACACCCCUUCCACUACGCCUUCUUCCACGCCUAACAAAACCCCUCAGAAAGCCAUCGGCCCCCCCUGCCUGAAUGACCCAUGGAGUCAAGACAUGAGCUCAGAUGGAGAACUCGACAAAAUGUUAAAAGGUGGACUGACCAACGGCUUCGACAAGCACAAAGACGCCGAAUCCGAUUCUGAAUACAGCCCCUGUCCGGUCCUCCGUAAAGAAAUCACCUCGCCACUGAAACGAAGCCUGGGGAAACCCGCCCUUUCCAAAGCGCCCUUCCUGGAACUGGUCAAUGGAGACGCUGAUUACACUGGUAUUGGUAGCCAACCAUCUGAGGAUGAGACCGAGCUCGAGCCUCUAGACCUGGUUUGGGCCAAGUGUCGAGGAUAUCCCUCCUAUCCCGCCCUGAUCAUCGACCCAGAGAUGCCGGAAGAGGGCCUUCUGCUCAAUGGCGUGCCCAUUCCAGUCCCACCCAAAGAUGUCCUCCGAUUGGGGGAGCAGAGGCAGGAGGAGAGCAACCAGAGGCUCUACCUGGUGCUCUUCUUUGACAACAAGCGAACAUGGCAGUGGCUCACACGUGACAAGGUGAGCCCCCUGGGGGUGGACAACACUACUGACAAGCUGCGCAUCAUGGAAGGCCGCAAGCCCAGCCUCCGCAAGUCAGUGCAGGUGGCGUACGACCGUGCCAUGAUCCACCAGAGUAGAGUGAGCCACAGCCAAGGUUUUGUCACCUCCAACUUCCUGUAGAGCUCGUUUGCCACUGCCAAAAUGAAGUUUGGGCACGCCCGCCCCCGUCCGCCCUCCUCAUUAGGUGGUUCGCUGCGCCCUACUGAGUCACGUGUCUGCUUAUUUUGUACGUCAUGCGAUUUAGUAGUGAUUUUUUUUUUUUUUUUUGUGCGAUGAACAUUGAACAAUAUUUAUACCAAGUGCAGAGGACCUAUGAAUGGAUCCCUGCCAUCUUUUAUAAAAAUAGCUUUUUACACUUUUAAUCUUUUAUGAAAUCCACUUGUACAGAUCAAAUGUACACUUAGUGUGCAUUAUGUUUAUAAGAUGAAGUCUUGGUCACUUUGUGUUGCUCUUUUCAAUCAAGCCACAAGGAUUUGUGGAGGGGUUCAUUCCUGACUUGCUGCAUUGUGUGAGAGUGCGUGUGUGUGUCAAUGUACACAAUGAAUGAGCCAUUGUUCAUAAUAAUGAAUUCUCUUCUUUUGAUACAAGAGAGAGAUUAUUUAUGGAAGACAAAACUAUAGAAAUAAAAAUAUAUUGGUAAAAGCAAAAAUUAUAUUUAAAAAACUAAUUGUAAAGGUUUUUU